UUUCCACUUCAGAUUGGUGCCCCACCAACAGAAGCUUCGACUCGAUCAAAGAAAACUGAAGCAUUCCAGUCCCAGCCCUCAGUCAGGUCUCUGUUGUCAACUUGGCUCACUGCAUUCAUUCAGUUCAAAGCACUAAUCCCUCCUGCUUCCUGUCUGCUGCUGUCACUCUCUGCUUGUUGCCGUCCAGGCUGCAUCCUCCCCAGUUGCCUCGCACUGCAUGAGAGGAACGAAGGAGAAAGAAAGAAAAAGUCCCCCCCAAACUGGAAGCACAGACCACUUGGUUUACUUGCACUCAGUGGGCUGUUCCCCUGGCUACCCGCUGUUCCUGUGCACUCCACCACCGGUACCAGCUUCCUUGUCGCACCCCUUGCUCGCAGCCGACAGGAUCCCUGCUGGUCGACGACGGCGUGCAUCGACAUCGGGAUCCAUUUGGAAGCUGAGAAGGCCAGCGAGACUGUUGGACUGGAGGAGUGAAAGCAGGAAGAGAAGUGUCUCGCUGGGUGACGCAUUGACAGCCCAGGUCCAUUCCAGUCGUUGACAGCCACACAGUCACCGCCCGCCCAACCUACUGCGACUGCGACUGCGACUGCGACUCCAACUCCAAGGCUCCCUCUUUCCUUCCUUCCUUCCUUCCUUCCUUCCAUUGAGUACCUCUACCUACCUACUACCUUCCUUGCCCAACUUCUCUUUCAGGUUCCCAAUCCCCCUUCUUCCUUCUUCUUCCUCUUCCUCCUCCUCCUCCUCCUCCUCCCUUUUUCUCCUCCUCUCAACUUCCCCUCCAUUCUUCCUUCCCAAGAAACUCAACCACAGGUCGCCUCGUCUCCUUCUCCCCCUUCUCCCCUUAGUACGGUAGACUAGACCUGCUUCAGUCUUCAUUUCGUCUGCGAUCUGUUUACAUCCUUCGUCCCGCUCUACAUAAUACCUACCCACCCACUCACCCUUAUCGCACAUAACAGAGAGCGACGGCACAUCAGUCCGUCCUCACCUACCACACAACCGCCAAGAUGACACAAGGACAACAGCAGCAGCAGCAGCAGCACCGGAUCGUGAUACCCAGACCAGAAGCCUCGCGCACCGAAUCCUCGCUCCCGGGCCAUUUGCGCCCCUCGGUCAUCAAUGUGCCCGUCACUCCGGGCAUCAGCCGCGAGGCCUACGAAGAACAGCUCACCGACAUGCUCUCAGGUUCCACGGGUCCUGGCUACUUUGAGAGGCGAAUUGACGAGCACGACAUUGCCCGGUCUCCAGGCACCGUCGGCCUGGAGGAGACAGGAAGCGUGGACAGGCAGCUCGCGGUGGGUGCCGAUGCCGGCAAGGACUUUAUGCGCCGUCUGAGCACGGCCGUCACGGACUCCGGCGCGGCGGCCGUUGGGAACCAGGACUCCCUCUCCGACAUCCGCCACAAGUUCCCCAACCUGUCGCUUAGCGGAAACAUCAUCUCAGCCACCUUCACAAUCCCCCACCUGCUCAAGUAUACCAAGGGCAGCGGCGAAAACGGCACCACGGGUUCCUGGGAUCUAAAACCCCGCCGGGGACAGUCGGCGCUUUUCGAUUCGUUUUCGUACCUCUCGUCUGAUGACGCCCCAUGGAAUCACACGGUUGUCGCCUGGACUGGCGAGAUUGAGGAGGUCAAGUCCGCCCAGCACGCCGGCAAGGCGCCUGCUACCACGGUCGGCCAACCCUCGCUCAACCCCCUUUCCCGCCCCGUGCCCAUCGAUGGCAGCGUCACUCCUCCGGCCCACCCCACGGCAGACGGCCUCUGGAUCCCCAAGGAAGACAUGCACUUGCUGGAGCACGACCUGUCGCACAACCGCAAGAUCAAGACUGUCCCAGUCUGGCUCGCCGACGACAUCGAGGGCCAUGACGAUGGCAUCAGGCUGAAGGACCAGGCCCGCUGGAGACGCUACGCCGAGCACUCCCUCUACACGCUUUUCCACUACAAGCAGAACGAGCCCGCCGAUGGCCGCGCCGAAAGAAUCCAGUGGGCUGACUACUACCGCAUGAACCAAAAGUUCGCCAACAAGAUUCUCGAAAACUACAAGCCCGGCGACAUUGUCAUUGUGCAUGACUACAACCUGAUGCUUCUGCCUAGCAUGUUGCGCCAGCGGGCUCCCCACAUGUACAUUGCCUUUUUCCUGCAUUCGCCCUUCCCCAGUUCCGAGUUCUUGCGCUGCCUUCCCAGGAGAAAGGAAGUCCUGGAGGGCGUCUUGGGCUCCAACCUGGUCGGCUUCCAGAGCUACAGCUACUCGCGCCAUUUUGCUAGCUGCUGUACCCGCGUCCUUGGCUUCCCCUCCGAUACUACCGGCGUCGAGGCCUACGGCACGCGUGUUGAAGUCGGCGUCUUCCCCAUUGGUAUCGACGCUAUCAAGGUCGCUGCCGCUGCGUGGAAGCCGUCCGCCACUGCAAAGUUCGAGGGACUGAAGAAGAUGUACGCCGGCAAGAAGCUCAUUGUCGGCCGUGAUAAGUUGGAUAGCGUCCGUGGCGUUCCCCAGAAGCUCAUGGCUUUUGAGCGCUUCCUCGAGCUCUACCCUGAGUGGAGGGAAAAGGUCGUUCUCAUCCAGGUUACCUCGCCCACUAACAUUGAGGAGGAAAAGGAGGAUUCCGAGAACAAGAUCUCCAGCCGUGUCAACGAGCUUGUCAUGAAGAUCAAUGGCAUGUACGGCUCGCUUGGCGACACUCCUGUGCAGCAUUACCCCCAGUACAUUUCGCAAGAUGAGUACUUUGCUCUGCUCCGUGCUGCCGAUAUUGGCCUCAUCACCUCGGUCAGAGACGGCAUGAACACGACCUCGAUGGAGUACAUUAUCUGCCAGCGUGACAAUGCUGGCCCGCUCAUUCUCUCCGAGUUCAGCGGUACCGCUGGCUCGCUGAAGGAUGCCAUCCACAUCAACCCCUGGGAUCUUACCGAUGUCGCCAAGCAGAUUAACAAUGCUCUCACCAUGUCGCAAGAGCGCCGCCAAAGUAUCGAGAAGAGCUUGCUUGAGCACGUCACCAACAAGAACGUCCAGUUCUGGAUCACCGGUCUCCUACGUCGUCUGAUUAGUGUCCUCGCUAACAGAAAAGACAUCAUCGCCACUCCCCUGCUCGAUCGCGCCACCAUGCUCCGCAAGUACCGGGCGGCCAACAAGCGUUUGUUCAUGUUCGACUACGACGGCACUCUCACACCCAUUGUCAGGGAACCUAGUGCCGCCAUCCCGUCGGAGCGCGUUAUCAACAGCCUCAAGGCUCUGGCGGCCGAUCCCCGCAACGCCGUCUGGAUCAUUUCCGGCCGCGACCAGGAGUUCCUUCAGCAGCACCUUGGCCACAUUACCGAGUUGGGCUUCAGCGCAGAGCAUGGUAGUUUCAUGCGGCACCCGGGCUCGACGGAGUGGGAGAACCUGGCCGAGAAGUUUGAUAUGGGCUGGCAGGCCGAGGUUCUGGAAGUCUUCCAGAAGUACACCGACAAGACUCCAGGCUCCUUCAUUGAACGCAAGCGCUGUGCUCUCACCUGGCACUACCGCCUCGCCGAUCCCGAGCAGGGUCUCCACAUGGCUCGCGACUGCCAAAAGGAGCUCGAGACCACCGUCGGCCGUAAGUGGGACGUCGAGGUUAUGGCGGGCAAGGCCAACCUUGAGGUGCGUCCCACGUUCAUCAAUAAGGGCGAGAUCGCGAAGCGCCUCGUCACGGAGUACAAUGCCGAGCUCAAGGCUCUUGCUGCCAAGUCUUCGGGGUCGCCAGACAAGGUUGCUUCCGAGAAGCUCGAGUUUGUGCUCUGCAUGGGUGAUGAUUUCACCGAUGAGGACAUGUUCCGCAGCCUGAACGUGCUAUCCGGACCUGGCGAAGACGCCGAGAUCAAGCCCGAGAACUGCUUCACUGUCACGGUCGGCGCAAGCACCAAGGUUACACUGGCUAGGUGGCACUUGUUGGAACCUGAGGAUGUAAUUGAAUGCGUGGCCCUCCUUGCUGGCGUUGGUGGUGCUGGCGCUGGUGGUGCUGGCGGCGUGCUGUCCAUGGGAGAGGUCAACCUUGGAGCGUUGAGCACGGUUGAGGAUCACAUUCCCGAUGGCCAGACGCAGUAAGGGGUGUACAAAAAACCAACAAAAAAGGACGACAAAGUAAAACCAAGGGAGGGAAAAGCAGUAUAUGGGAUUAGAUGGGUUGUUUGGUCACCAGUGGCUGGCCGGGCUCGGCUGGGACUGUUUUUUUUUUUUCAUGUUCGUUGUGUUGAUAUCUUCCGAGCCCAGGCCUGAUGCAGGCCGGUAAUAUCUGUAUCCAUUGUGCGCUGCGUUGCAUUCUAUGAUUUCGAAGAGCGAUGAUAUUGAAGGGCAUGCCUUAGACAGAGAUGGUGCGUUAUAGGUAGACGGGGCUUGUGUUAUGAGUUAAUUAGGAUCCAGGAGGGAACAAGUUUUGAUGCUUAUGGUAACCUUAUAGUAUAUGCGUUCGCAUAGGAGGUGAUUUUAGAAGGAACCUUGUCUUUAGGACUUCUCUGAUGGUUGUAGUGACAUGAUUUUUAAAUGUGUUAGAUGUGCACUCCCAAGUGGGAUUACUGUUUGUAAUGGAUGAUCCCCAUUAUCG